AUGUCCACCACUGUCCCUGAGCUCAUUAGGCAGAACAAAGUCGUCGUGUUCUCUUGGGUGCACUGUCCCUUCUGCACUCGUGCCAAGUCGAUCCUCACGUCGGCGACGAAGGAUGUAAGAGUGUAUGAGUGUGACCAGAUGGCGAACGGCGAGGAUCUUCGCCAUCAAAUUCUGAAGGCAUAUAAACACGAGACAGUCCCGGCGAUUUUCAUCAACGGGGAGUUCGUUGGCGGCUGCAGCGAAUUGGAGGCCAUGCAGAAGAGUGGCGACCUUGCCAAAAGGCUUGCGUAA